AUGGCCAGUCAAUUAUCACCUCCGCCAGGAGGCAAGACGGUGCUGCUAUUCGGUUGCCAGGCCGUGCAGUUCGACGCCAACGACUUCCAGCAGCUGCGGCGCGUCAUUCUGGACACGCCCGACAACCACUGGGUGCUGGACGUCCUGGCAGAGCUGCCCGUCUACUGGCGCACCGCCGCCACCAAGUACCUGCCGAAGCUGCAGGCGCUGCCGGGUGAGCAGCAGCUGCGCGACCUGAACCAGUGGAUCCGCACCGGCAAAGUCGCCGACCGCCACUUCCCGCUGCCCUACCUGCAGCAUGCCCCGCUGCUGAUGAUCACCCACCUGCUGCAGUUCGCGCGCUACCUGCAGCUGACGCACCCGGAUUACGCGGCUCACGGCGUUGUUGACGCCGAGACGAGCACCGUCGUGGAGAUCGUGGGGUUCUCCUUUGGCUUUCUCAGCGCCGCAGUCGCUUCGACCGUCACAAAUCAGAGCCAGUUGCGAGAGUAUGGGGCCGUGGGAAUUCGGUUGGCGACCCUGCUGGGCGCGCUCGGCGAUGAACAGGAGAGCCGCGAGAAGUAUACCUCGCUGUCGACCGUGUGGAAGAAACCCGAGUUGGAGGGGGAGCUGGUUCGAGUGCUGGAGCAGCAUCCGGAGGCGUAUAUCACGGUUCGAUAUGAUACGAACCGCGCGACUAUCAUGACGCCACGGAAGGGGCUGGGCCGGCUGCAGCAAGCGCUCCAGACAGCCGGAUUUUCCGCAUACCACAUCAACUUCAACGGACGCUAUCAUUGGCCGGGGCAUCAGAAACUAUUGCAUACGCUUGAGCAGAUGUGUGAGGCGGAUCCCGCGUUACAGCUGCCAGAUGCAUCGCAGUUGCCACGGCACACAUGGACCAACAUCACCAAUGAGCCCAUCUACGAGGGUCCACUGCACCAGGUGGUUCUGCGCUCCAUAUUGGCCCAGCAGUGUCAAUGGAGUCCCACGUUUGCGGCUGUGCAUCGGGCCCAACUUGAAAACACGCAGUCGAUCGUGGUGGAGUUUGGCUCUGAGCGCUGCGUUCCCCCGACAUUCAUGCGCACGCUCGGUAGCCGCGUGGUGCACUAUAUGGACUUGAACCUGGACUUCCAGUCGCGCGUCUCGCCACUUCAGUCGACCCCGACGAUAUAUGAUGACGACAUUGCCGUGGUGGGCAUGGCUUGCCGGGUCGCUGGUGCCGACGAUCUCGAGGAGUUCUGGAAGCUCUUGUGCGCGGGCGAAUCGCAGCACCGGGAGCUGCCGCCGGAACGGUACAAAGACUAUGAGACCCCGUGGAGGCCAGGCGCGAUUCGCCCUUGGUGGGGCAACUUUGUCAACGACAUCGAUGCCUUCGAUCACAAGUUCUUCAAGAAGGUGCCGAGGGAGGUCAUGUCCCAGGAUCCACAGCAACGGUUGUUUCUGCAGGUCGCAUACCAGGCUCUCCAGCAGGCGGGCUACUUCCACAAGAAGGAUGCUACCAAGGACAUCGGGUGCUAUGUCACCUGUUGUACCGUGGACUAUGAGCAUAACGUCAAUUGCCAUCCGGCUACGGCCUAUGCUGCCACGGGUCUGUUGCGGAGCUUCAUGGCUGGUAAGGUGAGCCAUUACUUCGGAUGGCGCGGGCCGGCGCUGUGCAUUGACACCGCAUGUUCGGGCUCCGCCGUUGCGCUGCACCACGCCUGCAGGGCCAUCCUCAAUGGUGACUGCAAAGCUGCGCUGGUUGGGGGCGCCAAUGCUCUCACGAGUCCGCUGGCAUUUGAUAAUUUGAACGGAGCGUCAUUUGUCUCCCCCACCGGACCUUGCAAGCCGUUCGAUGCAAAGGCCGAUGGCUAUUGCCGCGGCGAGGGCUUUGCAGCGAUCUUCAUCAAGAAGAUGUCCGACGCGUUGGCUGAUGGUGACACAAUCCUGGGCACCAUCGCUGGCACCGCGGUGGAGCAGAAUGACAACUGCACCCCGGUGGUGGUCCCUCAUGCGCCGUCGCUGGCAGGCUUGUUUGACAAGGUCAUUCGUCAGGCCCACAUCCGCCCGCAUGAAAUAUCGGUUGUCGAGGCUCAUGGCACCGGAACACAAGCGGGUGACCCGGCCGAAUAUAGCAGCGUGAGACAGGUAAUGGGUGGUCCACAACGAGCAGUCCCCCUGACGCUGGGGUCAGUCAAAGGGCUGGUUGGACAUACGGAAAGUGUCUCUGGCAUGGUAGCGCUGGUCAAGGUACUCCUGAUGAUUCACGAAGGAAAGCUCCCGCCCCAACCGAACUUCCACAACUUGAACCCACACAUCCAGGCGGCUGCCGACGAUCAGAUCGAGAUCACCACCCAGUUAAAGCCAUGGCAAGCGGAUUUUCGCGCAGCACUAAUCAAUAAUUACGGUGCCUGUGGGUCGAAUGCCUCCAUGGUAGUCACUCAGCCACCUGGCUUUCGGACCGGGAGCGGUGCCUCUGCUAUUCAUGCCCCCGGCAUCUCCCUUCCCUUCAGAUUCUGUGGUUUAGACGAGCACCGUCUGCGUGAUUAUGCACGAAAGUUCUACAGUCUCUUGCAGCAUCAGGCCGUUUCUGCGAGCCAUCUCGCGUCUCUGGCUAAUGUCUCGUUCAACGUUGCUCGCCAAUGCAGCCCAACUCUCGACAGGCACCUGAUAUUCAGCUGCAGUUCACUGGUAGAGCUUGAGUCGCGGCUGCUUUCCGUCGUUGAUGGGGACGAAAGUCGAGUUAUUCGCAUGGCCAAGACCACCCGCCCCGUGAUUCUAUGUUUUGGGGGGCAGGUGUCAACUUCGGUCGGUUUGGAUCGCACCGUUUACGACACAAUGCACGUUCUGCGCAAUCAUCUCGAUGGCUGCAGCAGGAUACUAGAGUCGCUCGGGUACGACAGUCUCUACCCUGGUAUCUUUGAGUCCACCCCAAUCGCCGAUCAAGUCAAGAUACAGACACAGCUGUUUGCUUUGCAGUAUGCCAGCGCUCGCUCCUGGAUAGACUGUGGCCUUCCAGUAGCGGCCGUCAUUGGCCAUAGCUUUGGAGAGUUAACUGCCCUCUGCGUAUCCGGGGCACUGUGCCUUGAGGAUGCGCUAGUCCUAGUCGCUAGACGGGCGACUCUGAUUCGGGACAGUUGGGGACCAGACCCUGGGGCCAUGAUUGCUGUAGAGGGCGAGCUCCACGAGGUUGAACAUCUGCUAGCCAAAGCCACGAAAUCUGUCUCGACUGAAACAUCCCCCUCCAGCAUCGCCUGUAUCAACGGCCCACGUAGCUAUACGUUAGCUGGAGCAACAGAAGCGAUGAACGCAGUACGUGUUAUGCUUUCCACGCAGCCAGCAUUCUCUCGUCUCAAACACAAAUGCUUGGACGUCACCAAUGCAUUCCACUCGUCAUUGGUCGAUUCCCUCGUUCCAGACUUGAAGAGGAUAAGUGACGGAUUGAUGUUCCGCGAGCCGCAGUUGCACCUGGAGCGGGCCACGGAAGAGCCAUGCACUGGUGUCCCCUCUCCGACCAUUGCAGCUGAGCAUCUCAGAAAGCCGGUGUACUUCAGUCAGGCUGUCAAUCGCCUAGCAGAGAGGUACAAGUCGUGCAUAUGGCUCGAGGCCGGUUCCAACUCAACCAUUACUUUGAUGGCCAGUCGGGCGUUGGCAUCAAGUGCUGCCUCAAACCAUCAAUUCCACUCCGUCAACAUCACGAGCAAAAAUGGGGUCCAGAGUCUGACCGACAACACAAUCGCUCUCUGGAAGGAGGGAAUUUCUGUCUCCUACUGGGCACAUCAUUCGUCGCAGACGCCCGAGUAUGACUUCGUCUUUCUCCCACCCUAUCAAUUUGAGAAGUGUAGACACUGGAUGGACAACAAGCCGUUACCCGCAAGUAGCCCCAGCAAAGCGACUGUGUCGGGCCACAUAGGUGCACAAACAGCGCCUCUCGCCCCAGCUUCAUUCAUGCUCGAUACUGUGGUUGAGGCACUGAGAAGCUUACCAGAAGGUAAAGACAGAGUACCGCAAGUAAAGAAUAUCACCAGUGAUGCACCGCUGGGGCUGGACGAGACACAAAAUGUGUACAUUACACUCACCGCUCAGAGCACGGAAAAGACAUUCUGGGACAUGGAAUUCACCAGCGAAAAUCCCGAAAAGGGUGCACGGUCACGGGUAGUCCAUUGUGCUGGUCGGAUCAAGAUGUUCAAGGCCGAUGAUCCCGCGCUCCAGGGCGAAUUCUCCCGGUACGGUCGCUUGGUCAGUCACCGUCGAUGCCGUGAACUUCUCGACAGCUCCGACGUAGAUGACAUCCUGCAAGGUCGCAAUGUGUACCGCGCCUUUUCCGAAGUUGUGGACUACGCUGAGCCCUACCGUGGCGUCCAUAAGUUGGUCGGCAAGGGCAAUCAGUCAGCCGGCCGAGUGGUGAAAAAGUAUUCUAGUCAGACCUGGGCGGACACGUUUCUGUGCGACUCAUUCAGCCAAGUAGGAGGUUUCUGGAUCAACUGUAUGACCGAUCGGCCAGUGUCCCAGAUUUACAUCGCCAGUGGCAUGGAGCAGUGGAUGCGUACACCGUUGUAUGCUGACCCAAGCACGCCGCGUCCUGAGACCUGGGAUGUGCUAGCAACACAUGAACGAGGAGAUGGCUUCUACACCACUGAUAUCUUUGUCUUUGACCCGGAAAAAGGCCAACUGGUAGAAACGUUCAUUGGGAUGAAAUACUCAUGUGUGCCAAAGGCAGUCUUCAGCAAGAUCCUCAGCAAGCUGGGGUCGACUAGUGAUCCAGUCUCCAAAGCAAAGAAGGCAAAGGCACAGACUUCCGACCUGGUCGUACGCAUCAAGGGCGUGGUUGCCGAUUUUUGUGCUGUCGAUCCCAGCGAAAUUCACGAUGACGGCAAUAUAGCUGAUGCUGGCGUUGAUUCUUUGAUGGCAAUGGAGUUGGCACGCGAGAUGGAAGAAGUGUUCAAGUGUACGCUGCCAGCAACCGAACUUAUGGAGGCGGAGACGUUCCGUGACCUCGUCCGUGCGGUGCAAAGAGCUAUGGGAAUCGACACAGUUGAUGAGGCAGAAGAUAUAGAUGAAACCAGCGAGAGUGGCACUACCUCCUAUACCGAGUGUGAAACAGAGUCAGAUGCGGCAGUUGACGCUGGUACCACCGAGUCUGUGACUAGCAUGAGCACUGACACGCCCGAGCUACAUCUGCCGCACGACAAAAUCUUAGAGGCAUUCGCUGAAACCAAAGCCUUGACAGAUCAGUUUCUCUCGGAAAACAACUGCAGCGGGCGCGUGCUUAGCUUCAACCCAGUCCAGAUGCAACUCUGCGUGACGCUGACUCUGGAGGCAUUCGAGGAGCUGGGUUCAUUCAUUCGAAGUGCGCAACCAGGUCAGCCGCUCGAGCGGAUCAAAUUUGAUGCCCAGCACGAAGAGCUGGUGGAAUACCUCUAUUCCCGAUUGGAGGAAGCUCGGCUGGUAGAGUUGGAUGAAGGAACGGUGACUCGUACGAGCUUGGAGUGGACCAGGAUGUCUAGCACUGCCAUUCUCGACGAAAUCAGUCGGACCUACCCUGAGUUCGUAGGUGCCAGCAAGCUUGCCUUUUAUACAGGAAGCAAACUGGCAUCGGUGUUACGCGGCGAACAAGAUGGUCUUCAGCUGAUUUUCGGGACAAAAGAAGGACAGGAGCUUGUAUCAUGGAUGUACGGUGAUGAAUCGCACAACGUGAGUGGUUACAAGCAAAUGCUGGAUUUCAUUCAGCGGCUCGUACACAAGCUUGGCAGUCGUUCGGGGACAGGUCCGCUGAAAAUCCUCGAAAUGGGGGCUGGUACCGGAGGAGGUACAAAAUGGUUCCUUCCCGUGUUGGCCAAGCUUGGUGUUCCCGUCGAAUAUACCUUCACCGACAUCUCCCCUGCCUUUCUGGCGCAAGCCCGUCGGCGCUUCAAAGAAUAUCCCUUCGUGCAGUACCGUGUGCAUGACAUCGAGAAGCCUCCGGCAGACGAUUUAGUUGGGACUCAGCAUAUCAUUAUCGCCAGUAAUGCUGUGCAUGCAACCUCGAAUCUGCAGGUGUCAACCGGAAAUAUGCGUCGGGCAUUACGACCCGACGGGGUGGUCUUGAUGCUCGAGAUGACUCGACCACAGUUCACAAUUGAUAUCGUCUUUGGGCUCUUCCAUGGCUGGUGGGUAUUCAAUGAUGGGCGAAACCAUGCUAUCACUAGCGAGAACCGCUGGGAAGCCGACCUCCAUGCCGUCGGUUACGGCCACGUGGACUGGACAGAUGGUCAUUCGGCUGAAGCGAGCGUCCAACGAGUGCUCUUUGCUACUUCUACCGGAGAGCAACGUGAACGGCUUCCGCUGGGGCCGAAUAUGUCUCAUGUGAGCCUCCUUGCCAGUGUUGACAAUGUUGCUCGAAAGCAGGCGACUGACAAGUAUAUCCGUCGCAGCAUUGAAGGCUUUACCGGACCGACAGUGACCCAUAGUCCAGUGACUGGACCGGUCGCUGUUUUAGUUACGGGGGCCACGGGCAGCUUGGGCUCUCACAUAGCUGCAUAUUUGGUGCAGCUGCAUGAAGUUAGUCGGGUCAUCUGCCUCAACCGACGGGGGAAGGAGGAUCCGUUUAACCGACAGAAGAAGGCUUUUUCAGAUCGAGGUCUUACUUUGACCUCCAACGACUUUGACAAAAUCACGGUGAUUGAAACAGAUGCGCAAGACGUAAAGCUUGGGCUCUCAGACGAGCAGCAUCAAUUUGUACAGGAUACCGUUACACAUAUCAUCCACAACGCUUGGCCGAUGAACGGUGCCCGGGGCCUGUCCGGGUUUGACUCUCAAUUCCGAACCAUGCGGCACCUGGUCGAUCUAGCACGCGACAUCGCGUCUGUCCGACCUGCAAAGACUCGGAUUGGUUUUCAGUUCAUAUCUUCCAUUAGUACGGUCGGAUUUGGUCCUCUCGUGACGGGUAAGCCAGAAAUUCCGGAGGAUCAAAGCGUGAUUGACUGGGUGUUGGCCAAUGGAUACGGCGAAGCAAAGUUUGUCUGUGAGCAGAUUCUUCAUCAGACCUUGCAGACAUAUCCGGACCGGUUCAAUGCCAUGGUGGUACGACCUGGUCAAAUUGCAGGGUCAUCGCUCAGCGGGUACUGGAAUGCUGCGGAGCAUUUACCCGCUCUGCUGAAAUCGGCCCAGACACUGAAGGCAUUGCCUGAUUUUGGCGGGGUGUUGUCUUGGACGCCUGUCAACACUGUCGCAGCCACUCUAGGCGAGCUUCUCUUCGCCGACAAGGCCCAUCCCGUCUAUCAUGUUGAUAAUGCGGCUCGUCAACCGUGGCGAGAGAUGACGCCCAUUCUUGCGCAGGAGCUGGGAAUUCCCCUUGGCAAUUUGCUCCCGUUCUCAGAGUGGAUUGAACGAGUUGAGGCCUUUGCUGGUUCACGAGAAGACAACCCGGCAUGUGUGAUGGCGGACUGGUUGGCUGGCAACUUCGAGCGCAUGUCUUGCGGGGGAUUGCUGUUGGCGACAACGCGUGCCCAGCGAGACGCGUCCACGCUGCGGAGCCUGGGGCCUGUUGAUCAGAGGACAGUGCGGGGAUACGUGCAAUACUGGCGUCGGACGGGGUUCUUAAUAUGAAUAUAAGUCAAAAUUUUUCCUAACGUCAGUAGUGUGGUCUCAUAGUUCAUUUAGAAGAUGCGAAAUAAUAGACGCAAACGUCAACU